UUUCCAUAUAUUGCCUCGACCAGCGGACUGAACAAGACCGACGCCUCUUUCGCCGCGCUGAUUCGCCGCUGUCUAGGGGAGGAGGGUCCACCGUGAGAGGUGGACGGUAAUAUUGGCUUAGUCCAGUACUGAGUUGGUUAGUCAACGUGCGACAUAAUCUACCAGAGCAAGCGCUCUAUUAUCAGCGAACCACUGCACACAUGGCGAUCUUCUCCUUCGACGAUGACGAUGCGCAAGCCGCGAAGAAGGAUGCGCAGCAGGGCGCAGAGCCUACGAUCAACGCGGACGAUGUCUUCGCAGCAGACAAAAUGGAUAUGGACUUGUCACAUGUGCCUCUCCAUGUGGGUACCCCACCUAUCACGAUCGCGUCCCCACUGCCCAAGCGCACGAUGCAGCCCAAUCUGAAAGCCAAGCAGCAAGGUCCAGACAAGCUGGACUUCAACUCGGUCAUGAAGAAUGCGCAGAAGAACAAGAAGAAGAAAAAGAAGGCCUUGGACGGCAUUGCGCCGGCUGCCAACAUUGCUCGUGGCUUUCACACCCCUGUCACGUCUGGUGGAGAAGAAUCGGACUUCUCUGCUGCUGCUACGCCGCGCUUUGGGCCCGCUGUCUCUGGUUUGCCCAGUGUUACCAGUAGCCCUGCGCUCAGGCCGAUUUCUUCUAUGGGAGGCAUCAGUAGCCUCAAGGCUCAGCUCGAGGCUCUGAACAUUGGCUCUCGAACGGACUCACCGUUGAAAUGCCCGCCCGCAAAGCAGGUCUUCUCUGGCAUGUCAAGCAACACUAGUAUUUCUGGGCUUGAUAGCACCAGCGACAGCGAUCGCACAGAGAUGGAGAGCUACGAGGUCAAUUUGGACGAAGACUUCAGCGUCGAUACGUUGUCGAAGACCUCUACCAUGCUCGGCAAUAACGUCAUGCGCAAGAUAAGCGCCGACGACUUCGAGCCCAUCAAGUGCCUUGGCAAAGGCAGUUAUGGUACUGUUCUACUCGUCCGACAGCUCAGCACUGGCCGCCUGUUUGCCCAGAAGACUUUCAAGAAGGCCUCUAUCACCGUGCAUAAAAAGUUGAUCGAGCAGACCAAGACCGAGCGCAACAUCCUAGAGAGCGUCAACAGGCACCCAUUCAUCGUCAAUUUCUACUACGCCUUUCAGGACCACGAGAAGCUCUACCUUAUCCUUGAAUACGCGCAGGGUGGCGAGCUGUUCCACCAUCUAGAGGCCGAACGUAUGUUUUCUGAGGACGUAGCAGCAUUCUACAUGGCUGAGAUGGUGCUUGCUCUUGACCACCUUCACCGCACGGUUGGCGUCAUUUAUCGCGAUCUGAAGCCCGAAAAUUGUCUUCUCGACCAUGAAGGACAUCUCCUUCUCACCGACUUUGGCCUGAGCAAGGUGACACUUGAUGAUGAGAGCCCUUGUCGAUCUAUUCUUGGUACCCCUGAGUACAUGGCUCCUGAAGUUAUCGAAGGCAAGGAGUACGGCGCUGCGGUGGACUGGUGGUCUCUGGGUGCUCUUGGUUUCGACUUGCUUACCGGGUCACCUCCCUUCACCGGCAACAACAACGCCAAGAUCCAGGAGAAGAUUCUCAAGCAAAAGUUAGCCUUGCCGUUCUAUCUCAGUGCCGAUGCAAAGGAUUUACUUACUCGUCUCCUGCGCAAGGACCCUAAGAAGCGUCUUGGGUACAACAUGACCAAGGACAUGCAAACAAUCAAGAACCACCGCUUCUUCCGCAAGAUCAAUUGGAAGCAGCUCCAAGCACGCGAGUUGGAGCCGCCGAUUCAGCCUCUCAUCACUGACCCUGAGCUGGCUGAGAAUUUCAACCAGGAGUUCACAGGCUUGCCGCUCAGCCCGGUGUUGACCAAGAACUUCUUGAGUGAGGCGCAGAGCAACCCUUUCGGUGGCUUCAGCUUCGUUGCCAGCCAGAGCUUGCUGGAUGAUGGAGACUGGGGUUACUGAAGAUGAUGAUGCUGGACUCUCUUGGUCCUUUCUCUGUCAGGCGCAUGUUGUUGACUCUCGAAUUCAUGCAUUGUUUCUCUCGAACUGUGCAUAGCCUUACUCGGCGCAGUAUUUCAUAGAUACAUGCUAAGCGCAUGCAUAAUGUCAAAGACUGCUGUUUGUUAUCAUGCCAGACACCAGAUGUGUCGCUCGUGUGCGGCUGAUGGUUUUGUGCAGGUGUCAACAAGGUCUUGCCGAUGCAAAGGCAGUUUGUCUCCCAGUUGGCCGUUCGCACUACCGCAGCUACGAUUUGUGAUUCGCAAAAACAGAAAAACGUAAAAACUUACGAUGACCUCGAUUACCACAGGGCCAAAAAGGAUUAUUUAUGGUCUGUACUGAACUAAAAAACGUGCCCAUUCUCGGAAUCGAACCGAGGAUCUUCUCAUAACGUAGAAGUAUACGAGUGAGACGCUGUACCACUAAGCCAAACGGGC